AUGGCCGACCAACUGUCUGAAGAGCAAAUUUCUGAGUUCAAGGAGGCGUUCUCCCUUUUCGACAAGGAUGGCGAUGGCACGAUUACCACCAAGGAGCUCGGAACCGUUAUGCGCUCGUUGGGCCAGAACCCCACCGAGGCUGAAUUGCAGGACAUGAUCAACGAGGUCGAUGCGGAUGGAAACGGCACGAUUGACUUCCCCGAGUUCCUUACCAUGAUGGCCCGCAAGAUGCGCGACACCGAUAGUGAGGAGGAGAUCAAGGAGGCGUUCAAGGUCUUCGACAAGGAUGGGAACGGUUAUAUCAGCGCGGCUGAGUUGCGCCAUGUUAUGACCAACCUUGGCGAGAAGUUGUCCGACUCUGAAGUCGAUGAGAUGAUCAGGGAGGCUGAUGUUGAUGGAGACGGCCAAAUCAACUACGAGGAGUUCGUCAAGAUGAUGCUUUCCAAGUAA